AGUGUCAAUCAAACAGUGAUAGAACCCAAAAAGCAAAACAGAAAAGAGAAGAAGAAUGAAGAAGAACCUGGAAUCUAGCAACCCUUUUGGUUGAAUUAUAGAUUUCCAUUAAUGUCGUCAACAAAUUUCACAUGUACUCUUCCUUGUCCAACCACUUUCAAUCUCUCCAAACCAUAACAGUUCCUUCUUCGUUUCCCUUCUUUUCGCCUGAAGACCAGCUUGGCCUUGUUCACCAUGGCUGCACCAGGAAGAACCUUGCUCAAAGUCAUAGUCCUCGGCGACAGUGGGGUGGGGAAGACAUCAUUGAUGAAUCAAUAUGUGUACAAGAAGUUCAGUCAGCAAUACAAAGCUACAAUUGGGGCUGAUUUUGUCACAAAGGAACUGCAGAUUGAUGACAAAUUAGUCACAUUACAACUCUGGGACACAGCAGGGCAGGAGAGGUUCCAGAGCUUGGGGUCAGCAUUCUACAGAGGAGCAGACUGCUGUGUUCUUGUGUAUGAUGUCAAUGUACUGAAAUCAUUUGAAUCACUCCAAAGUUGGCAUGAAGAAUUCCUCAAGCAGCAGGCAGAUCCAGCUGAGCCUGAGGCUUUUCCAUUUGUAGUGCUUGGGAACAAGGUUGAUGUGGAUGGUGGGAACAGCAGGGUGGUUUCUGAGAGGAGAGCUAGGGAGUGGUGUGCUUCCAGGGGAGACAUACCAUACUUUGAGACUUCAGCAAAGGAGGAUUUCAAUGUGGACGCUGCAUUUCUCUGUGUUGCUCGAGUUGGAUUGAGCAAUGAACAUGAACAAGAAAAUUAUUUUAGAGCAAUUUCAGAAGCUGUUUCAGAAACAGAGCAGAAGGGAGGGUGUGCUUGCUGAAGUGAGAGAUCUCACUGCAACUUGUUUUGUUUGUUUGAUUCUUUAAUUUAUUUGUGUUGGUGCUGUCUGUGUAUAUUAAGCAUUCAUCAUCCCUUUUUUAUUCUUGAAAUAAAUAAGUUUAUGUUCUUGCACCAA